AUGGCCGAGUUGAGUAUAAGCCCAAAGAGCCCAGUGAGACACCCAUGGAGAAUUCCCGGCAUAUACGGUCCACGGCAAAUAUCACUGGAGGGGAAGCAGCCAAUCUCUGGGGUCUUUGCCAUCGGCUUGCUGACAGGAUCCUCGAGCAGCAGCAAUGAAGCAAACUUCCCUACCGAGGGCGGCUUACACGAUACGGUUCCGAAGGAUGGGGAUAUCUUUAGCCUGACCAAGAUCUGCAACACCCGGAAACAACCUAGCAAAGGCGAUUCCGCCCCUCGAAAGGUCUGGCUUCCACGUUCAGCUCUUGGUUAUGAGGAUGGACGAGUCACAGACAUCAAAAGAGAGACGGAAGCUACAGAACCGGAAUGCGCAAAGGCGCUGUCAAAGAAGGGCAGCAAUGGGACCAUCUUUACGCAGUUCCACAUGGAUGAGCACGUUGACAGCACAACAACGGGCAUCUCCAUAAUCCCGCCGUCUGGCUUAGGCCUCACAGAUGCAAAGCGCACCUCGUCACAGCCAGACACGCAGAUCUAUCCCCACGGCGCUGAAUUUGGCCCCAUGUCCUUUGGUGAUGCAGCCGAAGACUCCAUCUUCGACAUCACGGACAGCUUCCUCAUGAAGGCGUGGCCGACGCCCCCCUCUAUCCUCUCUCCUCUGGAGGAAGAGCUCCUUUCAGAUGAAGCCAAAGACGAAUACUACUCCUCCCCCAAUCAACCGGCCGACCGCACCGCCCGCCGCGUCUCGACGUCUAUGACGUUCCCAAGUAACCCUCUCCAUAUCCCCAGUGCUACCGAAAACCUGGGACUGCCAAUCGGUGUGCUACCCAGCAGUGCAUCGUCCCACAGUGGCAGAUCGAUCACUAGAGACAACCUCUUUACCACAGAGACGACUUCUGAUAAUGCACCAUUGGACAUUGCGUCUGCACGUGCGCUCGCCAGCAAUAAUGCUACUGCCCAUAAUGGCAGCUACACACAUUCGGUACAUGGUACUACGAAUGCACCACAAUCACCAACAGGCCAGGACCUGAUGGGAACCAACAGCAGAGGCCAUAAAGGCGCCACGUGCUGUGUGACGCACAAGGCGGAGAUGAUGAUAUCGGAGGUGCAGACGCUGUAUAAAUUCGGAGCGCGGUUCGGAUUUGUCGCGGAGGACAGCGACAUUCAGGAAUGCCUGACCUUUCUGCGGACGAGGCUGCGCGAGAUUUCACAGUGCCCUAGCAGACCUGUGCUGUGCUCGAGUUCAAGCGAUGACGAUGAAGGGGAUGUAGAUAUGGGAGUCAAGGCAAGUGCCGAGGUGAAGCUAUCAAACAUUGUGCACUAG